AAGUGUCCUUGCGUGUAGGAUGAGUGUGAUUGGAUGACGCCAAGGAGGCGGACACGCCCCCUGUGCCGUGACCACUCCCCAUGCGACGUCAGACUACGCCCCCUGACGAACCAGGUCGCUGCUCCCGGACUGUGAGCUGCAUUGGUGCUGCUCAGCGAGCAGGAAGGCAAGCAGCGCGACGCUCGCUCCUCUCCCAGAAACUCUGCGCGUGAGUGUGCGCGUGCGCGCGACACCUAUGGCACACCACUGAGCAGGGCCAACGAGUCGCUGGCUUCUUUUCCUCCUUCUGACCCCCCGAGGGUGUAUGGGAAGUGCUCCUGGAUGGACCUGGGCGAGAGCGGCUGGUCCAUGGUCAAGCGAGAGGCAUCCAGUAGCCCAGGGUCACCGGCCGAGCCGAGCUACCUGCAGCCCGGUGACAGCCGGCGGAGCGGCGGCGCCCACAGCCCGGACGAACUGAGGACUCCCCCGGGCGACCUGGACGUGCUGCAGGGCGCCAGAACACUCCACCCUUACGCCCACUUCGGAGCCCACGGCAACCCGCUGCAGAGCUCCGGCGGCGAGGACGUUCCGCUCUUCACGGAUCUGGACCAGGGCGGGAAGCUGGUACUGUCGGGCGGCUCGCACAAGGCAGGCCUGCUGGUGGACCCGUCGGACAUGUACCAGAGCCUGGCUAUCGCCGCGGCCCAGAGCCAGGCCGGAUAUGAAUCGUCCUCCGGGGGCGCUUACAUGCACUCCAACCCCAACUCACCCGUGUACGUGACCAGCUCGCGGGUGGGCUCCAUGAUCCCGAGCCUGUCGUACCUGCAAGGUGGCAGCUCGGCGCAGCCCGGCCACGCCCACGCCGUCUCCGGCCACUCGGUGUGGUCGCAACCGGCCCCGGAGAGCCCGUCCUACGGCGCCGGCAGCCCGCACGCCGCGUCGGGCCGCUUUCAUUACCCGCCCAGCCCGCCCGCGAGCAACGGCGCGAGCCGCGACGUCGGCUAUGGCAACACGCUGAACGCGGCCAACCGGGCCGAGCAGUACGGGCUCCCGAGACCGCUCGGCGGGGCCUACCCGCCGGCCUACUCGCCCUACGUGACCCCGCCUCUGCCGCAGCUGCCGCAGCUGCCGUCGCCCUGGAGCGGCGGGCCCUUCGACAACGGCGUGCUACACACCUUGCAGAGCAGGGCCGCGCCCUUGAUCCGGGGCCCCAGCGGAGUUUCAGAUCUGCUCGAUGACAUGUGUGAGAGCAGGGAGUGCGUCAACUGCGGCUCCAUCUCCACGCCGUUGUGGAGGCGCGACGGCACCGGCCACUUCCUGUGCAACGCCUGCGGCCUCUACAGCAAGAUGAACGGCCUCAGCAGGCCGCUCAUCAAGCCGCACAAGCGCACCUCGACGUCCCGCAGGAUCGGCUUGUCGUGCGCCAACUGUCAGACGAGCACUACGACGCUGUGGCGCAGGAACGCCGAAGGGGAGCCCGUGUGCAACGCCUGUGGCCUCUACACUAAAUUACACGGAGUACCUCGGCCGCUGGCGAUGAAGAAAGAAGGCAUCCAGACGAGAAAAAGAAAACCCAAAACACUGAAUAAAACCAAGGGGGGCUCAGGAAGUAGCAACUCUGUCGCCAUGACGCCCACGUCCACCUCUUCUUCCAAUUCGGAAGACUGCUCGAAAACCAGCUCUCCUUCCACGCAAGUGGUCAGCUCGUCGGCGCUGCCAGCCUCGGGGGACGGCCCCGUACUCAAGUACCCCGGCUCGGACGGUCUGUUCGGCGCCGUGGGCCUGGCGCAGAGCAGCGAUGUGGGCUCGGUGAGGGGCGAGCCCUGGUGCCCCAUGGCAUUGGCCUGAGAGAGAGGAACCCCCGUGGAAAUACUCAAGCGCCGUUUCCUUCUUGGCUCAUGUAGCACAGCUGACAAAGAAGGACCGCCUCCGGAACAUUCCCGGCAAGCGUCGAAUCGCUGGAUUUUGGAGUCCGGAUUGACAGUUUUGGGAGCGGGAUGGCGCUCUGUCGGAUGCUUUUGCGCACCUACAAGCCUGUCCCUCCAAGAAGCCCCACGAGUGUGACGUUUCCUAAGAAGAGCCCCUCCCCCCCCAAAGUGUACAGAAUGGAUUUCCUCUCCAAGCAUUUGGAUACUCAAAGACCUUUUUGUUUUUUUUAUUUUCUUCCUUUUUCACAACUGGAAUCACCAUGCCUCAAGAAUCAAAAAGAAAAUAAUAUUUAUAAAUCUCCCAUUGUUGAGAAGAUGAUUGUAAUAAAGUGAUGGCUAUAGAAUAGACGCUCCAACCUUUCCCAUGUCUUUUUUUUUUUUUUUCCACCCGAGAGCGGUGACUGUCUUUGGUUCAAACAGGGUUUCGCCGAUGUAUGUCGUCGAGUUGAUAUUGUGGGAUUGUGUUCUAAACGCAAUGCAAAUAAUACCGCCUUAAGGUACUCUUGACAUCAUUAAAAACAAACGCACUCAGGCUCAGAAAGGUGAAAAGAAAAGUUAGGCUAAACUCAAUUCAUAAAUAAAUUAUAUACAGUAGAGCCCCAAAUACAGGUGGUUCAGCACCUAUUUGUGGAUUUCUUUUCCAAUAUUUAAAACAUUUAUUUAUAUGCCACCCACCCCCACACAUAUUCCCAUUUUCAUGGUAACCACAUCUUAGAGUUUGAUCUUUUUUCUUUUUUUGGAAGAAUAAUUUGGGGUUUAACAAAAUAAUUUCAAUGGCCGUCAAGUAUACAUGCAUGUUCACUAUUCGCAGUCCCAAUCCUGCGCAAACAGCAGAGCUCCACUCGAUGUAUUUUACCAGGCUGCACGGUGGACUUUUGGUUAGCGGCUCUGGCUUACAGUUGAGAGGAUCUGUAUUGAAUGAGGGCCUGGCUGAGUUAAUCAACCAAUAUUAACUCUUUUCAAAUCUGGAUUUUUUUUGGGUGGGGGUGAGGCGGUUCAACCCUUUCAUGCACCCUGUAGUCUUGAUAAGAUGAUAAGCUGUCCACUGUAGUAACCGCUGUCCGUGAAAGGGUUAAACCGAUUUCUGUACAAAAUAGAUUUUUUAUUCUUUUUUUCUUUUUUUUAACACAUUAGCACACAGGCGUCAAACUCAGCCGCUGCAUCAUUUGCACCGUGAAAGCAAAUCAUGUGCAUUGAGUGGAUGUUUCUUGCUACAUUUUUUUUAUAAUUAAAAACAAAUUCAAAACAAGUUAUCAAUUUUUGGGAUAAGAAGAGGAUGGAUGGAUGUAAUAUGAGAUUAUCAUGCAUUUAUUUGGGUUCAUAGACAUGAUGGCCCUCCGUAACACAAAUGUGGCCCGUUACAAGAAGUUUGACACUCCUGAAGACAAAGAUAAUGACGUGCCAACACCCCCUAAAAAUUGUCAUAUUUUUGCCCAUUUUUGUUUAUGUUGUAAAGUUAAACAAAUAUGAAAGGAUAAAGUGUUCUUAAACAGGAA